CAAGCUGGUGUGGGGCCGGGGCUGUCAGCACCAUGAGCAGCUUCAGGGUUGCCUUCGUCCUCUGGGCUGUGGUGGCCUGCGCUAGAACAGACCCGCCUCUAGAAGAGAAAGAGGAGACUGGAGUUCAAAGAUGCAAGAAUGCCUUGAAAAUCCCUGUGCUGGAGGUCCUCCCCGGAGGGGGCUGGGAUAAUCUGCGCAACGUGGACAUGGGACGGGUGAUAGAGUUGAACUACACCACCUGCAGAACCACAGAGGAUGGACAGUACAUCAUCCCCGAUGAAGUCUUCACCAUUCCYCAGAAACAGAGCAACCUGGACUUGAACUCGGAAAUCCUGGAAUCCUGGAUGAAUUACAAGAGCAGCAUCUCUUCUUCCAUCAACAUGGAGAUCUCUGUUUUUUCCAAGGUCAACGGCAAGUUCUCCACUGAAUUCCAGAGGCUGAAGACCCUUCAAGUGAGGGACAAAGCUGCGACGACUCGUGUUCAGGUAAGAAACCUGAUCUACACAGUCAAAAUCGACCCAGCCUCCAGACUCAGCUCAGGGUUUCUGAAGGACCUCAUGGACAUCUCUGACUUUCUAGCGAACAAUCAGACAAGAAUGGCCACCUACCUGGCAGAGCUCCUGGUCCUCAACUAUGGCACCCAUGUCAUCACUAGUCUGGAAGCUGGAGCUAUUCUCAUGCAGGAGGACCAUAUCAAGUCCUCCUUCCUCCAGGACAGCCAGAGCAACCAUGUAGGUGUCACCGCGUCUGCCGGAGUUUCCUUCUUAAACACCGUGAAUUUUGAAGCAUCAGUGAACGUCACCUACCAGGAUGACUUGACCAAGAGCUAYCUCGCAAACCGAACCAACUCCAGGGUUCAGAGCAUUGGAGGGGUUCCCUUUUACCCAGGCAUCACCCUCCAAACCUGGCAGCAGAGUACCACCAACCACCUGGUGGCAAUCGAUCGUGCUGGCCUGCCCCUGCAUUUCUUCAUCAAGCCGAACACGCUGCCUCAAUUGCCGGGUCCCUUGGUGAAUAAGCUGUCACAAACGGUGGAAACUGCUGUGAGACAGUAUUACAACUUCAACACCUACCCCGGGUGUACUGAUAUCAACUCACCCAACUUCAAUUUUCAUGCCAAUACAGACGAUGGCUCCUGUGAGGGGAAAAUGACCAACUUCUCCUUUGGUGGGAUUUAUCAAGAAUGCACUCCACUCACAGGGAGCAGGAGUGCUUUCCUUUGCCAAAAGUUGCAGCAGAAGAAUCCACUCACUGGCAAUUUCUCCUGCCCUGCUGGCUACUCUCCAGUCCAUCUGCUGAGUCAGGUCUAUGAGGAGGGCUAUAGUCAGUUGGAGUGUAAGGAGAAUUGCUACUUGGUCAUUUUCUGCAGUACGGUGUGUGAAGAUGUAUUCCAGCAGUCAAAGGUUCAAUUUAGGGUUUUUUGGUGCAUGGUCAAGGACCAAGUACCUGCAAACUCAGGACUUCUUUUUGGGGGCCUCUUCAGCAGUAAGAGCGUGAACCCGAUGACAAAUGCACAGUCCUGCCCAGUUGGCUACAUCCCAGUGACCCUCUUUACAAGYCUCAGCGUAUGUGUUUCUCUGGACUAUGAGAUGGGACACAAGUUUUCUGUCCCCUUUGGUGGGUUCUUCAGUUGUGCAGUUGGGAACCCCUUGUUAAAGUCUUCUAUAUCCACAGAUGGGGUACCCUCUCUGAAAAAGUGUCCCGAGGGCUUUAGCCAACACCUAGCUAUCAUCAGCGAUGGAUGCCAAGUGUCCUACUGCAUCAAGGCUGGGGUCUUCACAGGUGGGUCCCUGCCCCCCGCCAGGCUCCCACCGUUYACCAGGCCACCCCUCCUAAGUCAGAGCACCAACACUGUCUUAGUGACAAACAGAGAGAUUUCCAGAUCCUGGAUUAAAGACUCCAAGACCCACCGAUGGAGGCUGGGGGAACCUCUGGAGCUGCGCAGAGUCAUAAAAGUCAUCCAUGGGAACAGCGAAGGCCUGUCGGGAGGGGCAACAGCUGGGAUCACAGUGGGAGUCACCACCGUCCUGGCAGCUGUCAUUGCCUUGGCUAUCUAUGGCACCCGGAAAUACAAGAGAAGGGAAUACCAGUUAUUCGAGGAGGAGAGGAGGAAUUUGACUUCRGAGAUUCUACCCCCCGAAGACUUCCCCGCCUCAGAGCUGCAGCAAAGCCCAGCUUAAAUCUUCCUGGGGAAACAGUGCUGUCACCUCUGACCACAGCUUCAGGCACGUCUGUCAUGUCUUCCCUCUCCACUUUUGCCUUCCUAAGUAUUGAGGUGUCAAUGGAACAAAAAGCAGGUAUAACUUUGUGACUUCUUAAUUAGGUCUCUGAGCCAGGAAAUGCAAUGAGCUACACGAACGGGAUUGGAGGUGGGGAGAGGGAGCAAUCUUGACUCUCACUAAGCCAAAGCUACCCUGGGGGAUUAAAAUGGAGAGGAAGUGUCUUUUCCCAUAUUUGUGCAUGUGUCACAAGACAGGAGGGAGAAAAUAGAUGUCUGAAUUUGGAAUCUAUGCAUUUCGUCUGAAGUCUGCAGUGGUUUCCAAUCUGGGAGCUGUCAGAGCUCCUGUAAAGCACCAUCUCUAUUUUGUGUUUUAAAAAGCUGUCUUGAUUUUUUUAUGAUCCUAGAGACAGAGCCCUAGAGACACAGGAAACCCCGCUUGGSCCCUGAUUUCAGCUUUGAGGGCUCUGGGUCAAUGGGCUACUAUCUCCCCUCAGCUCAUCUGAAAGGAAAGAUGUUACCUAAACGAAUUCCCCUUCUUCCAGCUGCCUUAGGAUUAGGACUUCCUGAGACCAGGCCACUUUUGGACUUCUGACUAGUGUCCACAAGUCCUAUGAAUAUAUUUCAACUUAUAGACUUCUACUAGGAGGCCAUGGGUGAAGAGA